UUAAUCCACAGAUGUGCUCAUCUUCCCUCUCUAGAAUGCCUCAGACAUGCCAGAGACUAUUACCAGUCGGGACGCUGCUCGCUUUCCCAUUGUUGCCAGUUGUACCCUCUUCGGACUCUACCUCUUCUUUAAAAUCUUCUCUCAAGAAUAUAUCAACCUGUUGCUCUCCAUGUAUUUCUUUGUCUUGGGCAUCCUAGCUUUGUCUCACACCAUCAGCCCUGUCAUGAACAAAUUCUUCCCAGCUAACUUCCCCAGCAAACAAUACCAGCUUCUCUUCACCCAGGGCUCGGGGGAAACCAAGGAAGAAAUAGUGAAUUAUGAAUUUGAUUCCAAGGACCUUGUGUGCCUGGCUAUGAGCAGCGUCGUUGGCGUCUGGUACCUGCUGAGGAAGCACUGGAUUGCAAACAAUCUCUUUGGACUGGCAUUCUCUCUCAACGGUGUGGAGCUCCUGCAUUUGAACAACGUCAGCACUGGCUGCAUCCUGCUUGGCGGCCUUUUCAUCUACGAUGUGUUCUGGGUUUUUGGCACCAAUGUGAUGGUGACUGUUGCCAAAUCAUUUGAGGCACCGAUAAAACUGGUUUUCCCCCAGGACCUGCUGGAGAAGGGGCUGGAGGCCGACAACUUUGCCAUGCUGGGCCUUGGGGACGUGGUAAUUCCAGGGAUCUUCAUCGCCCUGCUGCUGCGCUUUGACAUCAGCCUAAAGAAGAACACGCACACGUACUUCUACACCAGCUUCGUGGCGUACAUCUUUGGGCUGGGCCUGACCAUCUUCAUCAUGCACGUCUUCAAGCACGCCCAGCUACGAGGAGAAUUCUGCGCCCAAGGAGGGGUCUGGAGACGCCACAGACGCAGCGACGGAACAGGAGAAAAAGGAGAAGUGACCUUGCACGUCGGGGCCAGGAUGGGCGUGUCGGGACCAGGCCGGGCUGGGAUCCACACUCCCCCCGCACGGGAUGAAGACGAAAAGACCAGUUGUGUAUCCGCAUCAUGUGCGUGUGUCUGUGUGCGUGUGUGCGCGUGUGUCCGGAGAAACCGUCGGGGUGGGAGCGUACAAGCCGCAGCGUUCUGCCCGAAGUCCUCCUGCCCCCCCGGCGCCCCCCGGGGCACAUCCGCAGCCACGCUCCCUUGGUUUAUUUCAUUUCUCCUCGUCUCCUAAAUGGGUAGAAAAAGGGGAGGGGCAAACCCCCGGGCUGGUUUUUAAAUUUUGUAUUGUGGACUCGCUUUCUCUCAUAUUAAACCAUCUGGAAGGAUGGA